AGAUGCAGCGAUAUUCGAACGUCAAAAAGCCUCGCCAUGUUGUCCGGGUUUGGGCGAAGCUUUGUUUUGUGCGUGUAAUUUGUUUGCUCUGCAUUUGGUGCAUUUUUUAUCCGCAACAGUUUGUCGCUGCGACCCGAAUGUGGAAACGAAAAAUCAAUUACUACUGUGGCGCAAAACUACCAGCGUGUGUGCAGUAGAACGUUUGGCCGAAAAGAGCACACGGCGCUUUACCGGGGUUACAUAAAAGACCGCAUUCGAUCGAUAGCGGUGGCACAAGGUAGUUACGGUGCACCAUCACCAGACAGUGCCGCAUAGCGUGCCGUGUCGUAGGGUCAGAGCAGGCAGGUUGCGUUUCGCCUGCUGCUAUUGUCCCUGGUGUCCAUUAAUUUCGGCCGGCUGGAAAAGAAACCGCGUUCGGUUUCCACUCCGGCCGAAUUGUGCGUGAGUGGGUACGCUCAAAAUGGGUUGGUGGUGGUGCUGCUGCUCCGUCCGCUUCCAUUUCAUGCCGGAUAAGUAAACAUCGGAAAGACAUAGAUGAGCAUCGAUCCGAUCUUCCGGCCAGCAAAGAUUACGCAUCGCUAUCAUACUCAUAGUAUUCAUCGCAGCAGCAACACGCUUAUCGUAGAACAACAACAACUAGAGCAAGCAACACCGCAUUUCAACGACCGGUACAGGGUUCAAGCAUCAAAUGCAGCAUUAGCACCAGCAUCGAAAGUUCGCCAAGAUACGCCAGCGUACGAAUGCACGGAAGGGGUGGACGCAAGCCAUGAGCUUCUCGAUUAUUAUCUCAACGAUUCGAUUAGCGAAUCAGCGGAUGGCACUAGAACCGCGUUCGACCAGUUAGAUCUAAAAUUUAAUACGCUAGAUUUUAGCCUCACCAGACGACUGCUUGGAGCCGUUUUCUUUUUGCUUGUAAUUUACGCCUGGAAGCAAUACAUCGACGACGAGGAGGAGUCCGACACAAUCUACAUCUGAGAACGGCAGGAUCAGCGAGCGAAGUAUCACCAUGGCAACAAAGAAAGUGUCGUACUUCUUCAACCCGGACGUGGGGAACUUUCACUACGGUCCCGGCCAUCCGAUGAAACCUCAUCGACUUUCGGUCAUCCAUCAUUUAGUGAUGAACUACGGUCUUCACAAAAAGAUGCAAAUUUACCGGCCGUACAAAGCGAGUGCGCACGACAUGUGCCGGUUUCAUAGUGACGAGUACAUUGAGUUCCUGCAGCGAGUCACACCGCAAAACAUUCAGGGUUACACCAAGUGUCUUUCCGUAUUCAACGUCGGCGACGAUUGUCCAGUGUUUGAUGGGUUGUUCGAGUUCUGCGCCAUGUACACUGGCGCUUCGCUGGAAGGUGCACAGAAGUUGAACCACAACCAUAGCGACAUUUGCAUCAACUGGUCUGGCGGUUUGCACCACGCCAAGAAGUUUGAGGCGUCUGGAUUCUGCUAUGUCAACGACAUAGUGAUAGGCAUUCUGGAGCUCCUGAAGUACCAUCCGCGUGUCCUCUACAUUGACAUUGACGUGCAUCAUGGCGAUGGGGUACAGGAAGCGUUCUAUCUGACCGAUCGCGUGAUGACGGUAUCGUUCCAUAAGUACGGCAACUACUUCUUCCCCGGGACGGGCGAUAUGUACGAAAUUGGUGCCGAAUCGGGGCGGUACUAUUCGGUGAACGUGCCGCUAAAGGAAGGUAUCGACGAUCAGAGCUACGUCCAGGUGUUCAAACCGGUCAUUUCAGCUGUGAUGGAGUUCUACCAGCCGACUGCGAUCGUACUGCAGUGCGGCGCAGAUUCGCUCGCUGGCGACCGGCUGGGAUGCUUUUCGCUCAGUACGAAAGGGCACGGCGAGUGCGUCAAGUUCGUUAAGGACCUGAACGUGCCGACACUGGUGGUCGGAGGCGGUGGGUACACGUUGCGCAAUGUGGCACGCUGCUGGACGUACGAAACUUCGCUGCUUAUCGACGAAACCAUCUCGAACGAGCUGCCGAUGAACGAUUACCUUGAGUUUUUUGCUCCCGAUUUUACGCUCCAUCCGGACAUUCCCAGCAGACAAGAUAAUGCGAACAGCAAACAGUACCUGGAAGCGAUUACGCGACACGUUUACGACAACUUGAAGAUGUGUCAACAUGCACCCAGUGUACAGAUGUUCGACAUACCUGAGGACGCACUUCCGGAGGAGCUGAAAACGGUCAAGACGGAGGAACCGAAUCCGGAUGUGCGUAUGACGCAGGACGAUGAAGAUCGACUGGUGGAGCCGAAAAAUGAGUUCUUCGAUGGUGAUAACGACAACGACAAGAGUGAAAACGAACCGUAGAGCUGCCUGAUUGGCGCAGUGUAGUGUGUAAGUUGCUGAGGGAGCCUACUUUUACGUUUCUGAUUCGGCGUUCGGCUUUCGAGAUAUCUGUUCGAAAAUAAUUGUCCAUGCAGAGUUUGCUUGGCCACAAUUGCAGUUAGGUAUAGCGACAGAGAACUACAUCAUCUUCCACGGACAAGGCUGGGACAUGGGUACCAGUGUGCUUUUACUUUUUAGGACGCAAUAGCAAUAAAACAAAACGAAACAAAAA